CCGUAGCUUCCGUCGGUGCCAGCUACAUGCUACUAGCUAGGUUAGCACCUGGCAGAGUACAACGGCAUCGUGGUGAUGUCUUGUCAGUUAGAUAGAGAAUAUAACCGUAGAGUUCUAGAGGCCACAGACGACCCUGAAGGAUGCGAGAUGGUGUGAUGAACGAAGUCGACAUCAAAUAAAAUGAAAGUAUAUAAAUAGUUUGGACAAACUCAGGCAUCCCCUCAAAACAGCCUUGUCUGUUUUGGGCUUGCUCUUUUCAACUGCUGCACCAAUGGACGAGGAACCCCUGCAGCCUUCCGGGAAUAAAGAAGAUGCGGGACAAAACACAGAGAAGACAAGUGAAGUAGAGGAUGCACAUGAACAUCAUACAUCAGGAAGCACCAUGCCAGAUCAUGUAGGGGAAGAACAAAGAGAGGAGAUUCAGAUGGAGGAAGAAAAGCCCACGAUUGGCUGUCCUCCCACUGACUGGUUAGAGCCGCUGGAAGACGAUGAACAAGGUGAUAAUGAUGACGAAAGCCUCGCAGGAGAAAGUGAAAAGAGUCACAGUGUAAAAGACAGUGAGAGUGUUAAAAAGACUCUCAAUAGGAUUUUUCAAUCUCGACGCAAGCGUACACAUCCCGAUGAGGGAUGGUUUGAUUUCCCUGAACUUGGAGAGGGUUGGAAACGCAAAGAGGUUAUUCGACAAUCUGGUUCUAGUGUUGGCCAAAUGGAUGUCUAUUACCUCAGUCCUCAAGGUUAUCGGGUGAGAAGCAGAGUUGAGCUGAUGACUUUGCUUGAUGGAGUCCAAGACGUUUCAAACUUUGACUACAAGGCAGGGAAGUUCUGUAACGGCAUAGUAAAACAAACCCGAGGCAGACGGAAGAAGAAGAUACGGGAGCGGUCCUCCUCAGAGUCCAGCUGGAUGGAGAGAGGAGACGGGGCGGAUACUCCGGACUCCCAACCCAAGCGCCCGUCUAACAUUUGGGCCAAAUCUUACAUCUCUAAUGAGAAGACCCACGAAUCUCCGAGCAAUGAACCCAUUGUGCCCAGUAUUAAAAUUAAAUUCCGUCUGCCGUCCACAUCCAAAUCGCACCUCUCCAUAAAAGGACAACCUGGGCCAGACGAUAAAACAUUAUUGUGUUCCAAAUGCGGUCUGUCCUUCAUUGGCACGUGGUACGACAGACAACGAAAGAGACCCUCCUGUCCUUCAUGUUGGGCUUCAAAGACAAUAGAACAUCCGUUGAUUCGUUUGCGGAAGUGGAUUCCUUGUGGGCAGUGUGUGGGAUGUUACAUGACUGUAGACUGUGGCCAGUGUGCCAACUGCAAGAGCCCAGAGAGCCGAAAGCGCAUUUGCAGAAUGCGCAAAUGUCUCUGUCCAAUUCGCAAACCUUCAGAAACAGAAAGUGUCAGCCCGAAGAUGCCAGAAAACCACAUUUCCGAAUUACUGGAUGACAACAUGAGUUUGCAGGAGGAACCUACAGACUCUCAGCAGCCAGAGGUAAAAAGCAGUGAAACCGAGAACCUUUCGUCCAACAUGGACUUUGAGGACGACGAUGACUACUCGACAGAUGAUGAUGAUGAUUGGCAUAGGAAGCGGAAACGGCGUGCCUGCGGAGAAUGCAACGCGUGCCUCUGCAGGAAGGACUGCGGCACAUGCGAUUUUUGCGUUGACAAACCCAAGUUUGGCGGCAGCAACAAAAAGCGUCAGAAGUGUCGCCUCCGACAGUGUCAGAGACAGGCAAUGAGGCACCUGCUCCCCUUCCAGAUGUCUCAAGGUGAUUAUAGGUCGGAUGAUCCAUCACUACCAGGCAGGCCAAGGCCUCACUACACGUACAGUCGAAAGACAAAUUUACAAGAACUAAAGAGGAGUAAGUUGCCACCAGGCUGCUGGGACUUCAGUGACGAGGACGACGACUUUCAAGAUAUUAGCUGGAGCUCCGAACCCUCAAGCAGUCACACACACGACAUUAACUUAAUGGACAAAACUAAGCAGUUAAAUCGUUCCAUUUUGGAGGAUCAAGAAUUGGCUAAAAGGGACGGACCCCAAAGCAACAAUAAAGCCUCUCAAGACCAGCAAAACCCAAGGAAUGAAGUCAAGUCUCACCUUGAGACAGAUUGUCCGAGGCCCGCUGAAGAGGAGGAUAAUGAGUUGCCUAUGAUCACACAAAUCUUCAGUUUGGCCGACAAUCCAGCUGAAAUAGCGGAGGACAGUGAUAACCAGCUUUUGAAUCUGCUCACUUCUUUGCGCUGCACCUCACUGCCGAUCCUCUGGUAUGCAAUCAUGGCCAAAGGCCCGCAGAUUCAGAUCGUCCAGUGUUCCAAACAGUCCAACUUGUCUGACACCAUUGUGCUGAUCGACCCGGGCUUCCUCUAUCAGGUCACCGUGCAAAAGCAGCCACUUUUACCCACCCACUCGCUGUACCGCAAAUUCCCGCAGAAGUUGACCUCUUCGACCAAAGUAGUCAGUUUGCUUUUGGGCCUGGAGAAAUACACCCUAUGCCAAGGCUUGCCACUCAAAGGGCCGUUAUCCAGCCACACCCCCGUCACAUUAGAACGGGCCUCCACGUGCGAGUUCUUGGUGAAGAAAAACGUGAACAUCUGCUUUUACUGUAAACUGCUUUGUGAUUGACGAUGUUGAACUUGACACUGAGAAUGAAAGUGGGUCCAAGGCAGAGAGCACUGCUGCGCCAGGUAUUUCUUCUCAGUACACUGACACUCUGCAGAUUGAACUGUGAGUAGUACCAUUGAAGGAUCACCAAAGGCAUUCCAAAAUCCCGCAAUUAAUUUUUUUUGGCCCCAUUAAAGGAUGAUGAAUUUUGCCAAAUGCGCUCAGGCUUAUAGUUUAGGUCGUCUUGUGGUUGUUCAACAUGUACUUGAGGAAUCAUGUAGGACUUCACAUCUUUUACCUCACACUGGCUGUCCUUGGCCAAGUUGAACCCUCAGUAAGAAAGAUGUCCCAUGGCCACGCCCACUUUUAUUCCAUGUUUAUCGUGCCACUGCCCUAUUUAACCAACGGCCUGCAUAUUGGUUUAAUAAUCGAUUGGUUCAGUCAUCUCAGAUAACCUGGAUUUGAUGAAGUACCCCUGGUAAUUAUAUAUAUAUUUUUUUUUCGACUAAUCAUCUCUGACAAGGUUAUGUGGGUUUUGGGCAUUGGUUAAACACGAUAAGUUUUGGUUACAUCAGUUUGUAGAUAUUGUUCCAAUAAUAUUUCCAUUAAAAUUGCAUGAUCAUCUCCACGCUUAGGUUUUUUAGGAUGAUGGGCCACAGAUUGUAAUCACAUGAUAAAGAAAUCUAGAGGUCACCCCCAUCAAAUGUGACAAAUUUCUCAUUUCAACAAAAGUGUCAUCGAGGCAGUAAUGGCACAGGGAAAUGUUUGUCAUGUUUGUCACAAUCAUCACUUAAAUUGAUUUUAUUCAGAAUGAAUGAGAAACCUUAAUGGAACAUGAAUUAUGUUAAGCUACUCAUUGAUUUCUUUCGUGCAGUGGUCCUUACCUCCUAGGUAUUGUCUUUUGUAUGAUUCCAAAAAUGAAAGCUGACACCAAGGGUUUACUCCACAUCCGUUGUAGAAGUUAGCUGGGUCAUCAAUGUUGCUAUGCAAAAUGUUAAAAUCUAUUCGCACAAUAAAAUUAUUAUAUUUUGAGUUU